CCUCUCCCGGUGCCCGCGCGUCCCCGCCCCAGCCGGCCGUCAGAGGCGCGCGCUCUCGCGCGGACGCGGGCGGGCGGGGGCGCGGAGGGGAGGAGGAGCGGCGGCCGUUGCGGGCCGGCCCGCGGGGCUGAGGCCGAGCAGAGCGGGGCCCUCGCACCGGCCGGGCGCCCACCAUGCGGCGGCUGCGGCGCCUGGCGCACCUGGUGCUCUUCUGCCCCUUCUCCAAGGGCCUGCAGGGCCGGCUCCCGGGCCUCAGGGUCAAGUACGUCUUCCUGGUCUGGCUGGGGGUCUUUGCGGGCAGCUGGUUGGCGUACGUGCACUACUCGUCCUAUGCGGAGCUCUGCCGCGGGCACGUCUGCCAGGUGGUCAUCGGUGCCCUGGCCUUCCAGCCAGCGGGGGUGUCUCCGGGCUGCUGGGAGCCUUCCUGGAGGUCAUUGCCAUGGCCAGCUCUCCUGAGGCCUGUCCGCGGGGCUGUGGGGACACUCCCUCCUUUCCAGCCUCGUGGGGGUGUCAGCCAUCUCAGGUUCCACAGCUUGUCCAAGGCCACACAACAGGAGUGUGACCAGUACCACAAGGGCAUCAUCUCGGGCUCCAUCUGCCAGGACCUGUGCAACCUGCACAAGGUGGAGUGGAGGACCUGCCUCUCUUCCGUCCCAGGCCAGCAGGUGUACAGCGGGCUCUGGCAGGGCAAGGAGGUGACCAUCAAGUGUGGCAUCGAGGAGAGCCUGAACUCCAAGGCUGGGUCGGACUCGGCCCCCCAGCGGGAGCUGGUGCUGUUUGACAAGCCCACGCGGGGCACCUCGAUUAAGGAGUUCCGGGAAAUGACCCUCGGCUUUCUGAAGGCGAACCUGGGAGACCUGCCCUCGCUGCCUGCGCUGGUGGGACAGGUCCUGCUCAUGGCUGACUUCAACCAGGACAGCAGGGUGUCGCUGGCUGAGGCCAAGUCAAUGUGGGCCCUGCUGCAGAGAAACGAGUUUCUACUGCUGCUGUCGCUGCAGGAGAAGGAGCACGCCUCCAGGCUGCUGGGCUACUGCGGGGACCUCUACGUCACUGAGGGCGCCCCACACGGCUCCUGGCAUGGGGCCGCGCUCCCGCCCCUGCUGCGCCCGCUGCUGCCCCCCGCCCUGCACAGUGCCCUCCAGCAGUGGCUGGGGCCCGCGUGGCCGUGGCGGGCCAAGAUCGCCAUCGGCCUGCUGGAGUUCGUGGAGGAGCUCUUCCACGGCUCCUACGGGACCUUCUACAUGUGCGAGACCACGCUGGCCAACGUGGGCUACACAGCCAAGUACGACUUCAAGAUGGCCGACCUGCAGCAGGUGGCGCCUGAGGCCGCCGUGCGCCGCUUCCUGCAGGGCCGCCACUGUGAGCACAGCUCGGACUGCACGUACGGGCGCGACUGCAGGGCCCCCUGCGACAAGCUCAUGCGGCAGUGCAAGGGUGACCUCAUCCAGCCCAACCUGGCCAAGGUGUGCGAACUGCUGCGGGACUACCUGCUGCCUGGCGCCCCCGCCGACCUGCACGCGGAGCUGGGCAGGCAGCUGCGCACCUGCACCACGCUGAGCGGGCUGGCCAGCCAGGUGGAGGCGCACCACUCGCUCGUGCUGAGCCACCUCAAGACGCUGCUCUGGAAGAAGAUCUCCAACACCAAGUACUCCUGAUGGGCAGCCCCAAGGCUCCCACACCAAGUGCGCCACUGCUCUGGCCUGGCCGUCCUGCCCCGCUCCCCCCCACUCACAAGAAGCCACUCUUGCCCUUGGGUCCCCUUCCCUCUUCCCCCUGCCACUCCAUAAAGGACAGCACCACAGGAGCUGGGGGCCCUCCCUUGCAACCAGAUCUGGGGCAGUCGCAUAGGUUCCUUCACCCGCUCCGCCCCUUCCCUCCCAUGUUUUCCAGGGCAGGAAGGAGGACCUGGAGCCUGACCAAGGGCUAGCUGAGGAUCAGGCCAAGUUGGCUUUUGUUACUUUGACGAAUAUAUGAUUUAAACACA